GACUGCAGCUAAUCAUUAAUCGCAUUACAGCGCAUUUGUACACGGGCAGCUUUCGGACGAGUGUCAGUGUACUACGGAUUCGCAAUGGAGGCGGUUGCGUAUUAUUACCUGUUUAGUGCAUUGCUCAUUGGAAGCGGAGUUGCGGAAAGCCCGCCGGAUGAAGAUAGCCCUCAACGCGGUGAAGUAAGUACAGCCAAUGUCUCUACAGUUGCCACGGUUACGGCUCCCGCAGUUGCCACGGUUACCACGGCUCCCGCGGUUGCCACAGAUCCUCCGGCCCCAGAGGACCCGUUCCUGAGCUCAGGGCACUGUCUGAAGGAGCGCUUCACGCAGCUGUCUUGCCAGAAGGCGUUCUGUCCGCCCUGGAUGCGAUGCAUUGGCGGCACCUGCACGUGUAAGCUUCCUUACAUGUGCCACAAGGGGGCGCCAGUGUGCAGCAACAACAAGCGGAGCUACGUCUCCUUCUGCCAGGUGAAGGCAGUGGAAUGCCUCCGACAGACCACCGCAUUCUCUCACCUUGGCCACGAUUGCAAAGGUGAUUCGUUCGAGACGAUCCUGAGAGAGGGCGAUGUGGUGGCGGUGCAGGUUCCCCAGAACGGGACUGUCCUCAUCUGCGGGGAGGGGUGGAACGUGCUGGCAGCCAACGUCGUGUGCAGACACAAAAAAAAUCAGCGCAUGGGUGCAGAAAAGGCCACGACUCUCCAGUACGGCCAGAUCAGGAGUCUUGCGGAGGACUGGCCAGGAGAGUGUGUCAGCAUGCAGUGCACAGGGCUGGAGGGCUCCCUGGCUGAGUGCACUCUAGGUCCCCGCAGACAGCUGGAGGAAGACUCCAUGGUUGCAACUGCCACCUGUUACGAGCACACAAGAGUCUGCUCCAGGUCAGAGUUCACCUGUGUCAACGGGAAGUGCAUCGCCCUGAACAGCACCUGCGACAGCCUCAACGACUGCGGUGACAACAGUGAUGAGAUGUGCUGCAGAGAUUGCAGAAGUGGAUUUCACUGCAAAACUGAUGUCUGCAUACCCCAGGAUGCCAAAAUGGACGGAAUUGUUGACUGUUUAGGAGGCGAGGAUGAAAUAACUGAUACCAAACAGAAAGAAAAAGUCCUUUCACCCAUAAAGCGGGAGAUUAAAAUUGCGCGGGAGAAAGUGGAGACGUUAGUUUGUGGGAUAGCCAAUAAAACUCUGCCUCUACCCAGUCCUGCAAAGCCACACAGACGGAAGCGUGUGGUUGGAGGAGAAGAAGCUGGCAGGACCCAGUUCCCCUGGCAGGUAGCUAUACAGGAAAGUGGCUCCAUAGACUGUGGAGGAAUCUACAUCUCCAGCUGCUGGGUGCUGACUGCAGCCCACUGUGUCCGGCCCAAGCCGGAAGCGUACCAAGUUAAGUUUUCCCUUUGGAGCAAGCUGACCAAACAGGACUCCACUGACCUUGCCCUAGUCGAAAAGGUCAUCAUUCAUCCACAGUACAACCCCACCACCUAUCAGAAUGACAUCGCCUUGUUGCAACUGGAAAAGCUGCCGUUUACCACGAAAUGCCUCCACGACAACCCUGCUAUUGGUCCGGCGUGUGUGCCCUGGUCCGAGUACCAGUUUCUGCCUGGCGACAGAUGCACCAUUUCUGGAUGGGGUCGACAGGGCGAUGACCAGAAGACAGUUUCUCUUAGAUGGGCAACCAUAGAAAUAAUGGGCAACUGCUCAGGGAUUUAUGGAUCUCGAUAUUUCCCUGGAAUGGAGUGCGCAGGUUCGCUGGACGGAAGUGUGGACACCUGCCAGGGAGAUUCCGGGGGCCCGCUGGUGUGCGAGGACGUCAGGGGGGUGGCGUACGUGUGGGGCAUAGUCAGCUGGGGCGAUAAGUGUGGCAUUGCCGGGCACCCGGGUGUCUACACCAAAGUGGCUCACUACUUCGAGUGGAUUAGCUCACACAUCGGCAAGUCAACCAUCAGCAGGUACAACGUGUAGCGCCACAGACAGAAGAUCUGACGGAACACUGGGGUGUUCCUCAUCGCUGUGAAGCUCGCGCGGCCUGGAUGAGUUCACAGAGUUUCCUUAAAAACUGUCAGAAUAGAUACCGUGUCAUAUCCUUUAAUCGCGAUCUACACUACACUAUCUCUGCAGCUUUAGUAAUGUUACGUCGCUAGGUAUAUUCCACUGAUAGCCUAAAUAACAUAUCCAUCAAUGCAUCUCAGGACUGACGGGAAGCAAUAAAAGUUAAAUUAUUACGUAAUAACAA